UUUCAAAUGACGGUAGAUUGGUUCUUGUUUCGUCAUACCGAGGUUGUAUAUAUAAGAGGCUUACGAAGUAGCCGGGAGUUACAAGUUUAAACAACGAGAUUUGAGUGACAGUCAGUGUAGAAAGUGAGUUUAUAUAUUUACAUCGUAGAUAUGUCUUUCCGAAUUGUUAAAGCGUUGCCGCUAUGCCGAACAGUUGGAAAAUUUUCUAUCUGCCGCAUUUCACCAGUGAGAAAUUAUUGGCGGCGCAAUGCUUUCUCCGAGUUGUCAUCUGCUAUACAGGCUAUGGAAAAUAGAAUGCGAGAUAUGGACCGCGAGAUGAGCCGUUUUCUCGAGGAUUUCCAGCGAACGAGUCCUGUAAAAUUGCCGAAUAUCCUCUCUCCUUUGGAAUGGUCACGCACUCGUGAAAUUCCCGUUAUUGCCAAAGACGGCGAUGGACGUGUGUUUAAAGUAGAACUUGAUAUGCAGGGAAUGGAACCUGAAGACAUCAAUGUUACUUUGAAAGAUCAAGAACUGAGCAUCACGGCAAAGAAAGAAGAGAAAAGGUCGGACGGUUCGCGGUUUGUGAGAGAAAGUAAAUACCACUAUACCUUGCCCAAAGAAGUGAAUCCUGAAGCUAUAAGAUCUUCCUUAAUCGAUGGUGUACUUACUAUUGAAGCUCCUUUGCCUGCCUUAGAGUCGAAAGAAAUUCCUAUCAAGAUUGAGGGUUCAAGUAAUAGUAACAAUUCUGAAUCCAAAAAAGAUUAAUUUCAUGGACAUUUUUUCUACAGUUGAACUGUAAAACCAUUUUACUUUCAAGGUAAAAGAUGUAGGUUCAUAUUCAUCUUGUCAUUUGUUUCAUUAUAGUUUUGUAUUAAUAUUUUUGAAUUUAAUAAAGCUGUUUUUGACUA